AGACUGGCUUUUUCGGGGCCUGCUGCUGCUGCUGCUGCUGCUGCUGCUGCUGCUGGCUUUCCGCGUCCCGGCGGACUCGGCUGUUGCUCUAGUCCGCCCGAGGAUCCGCGUUCUCGGGCUGCACGGGCCUCCCGUCGCCACACCACACGGCAACAACGAGCCGUCUACUGGCCUUUUGAUGACAAAAUUGUCCUGUUUUGCGUCUCACCACCUGACGGAAACGGCCGUGUCACGAAGGUCAAAGGCAAACGUUAACUGUCAGAUUCCAAAAUGUUUCACGGCAGAAGGGCCACACUGCACCAAAGAGCAUGAGGACGAGCCUGAUGAGUGGACGUCCGCGGUGUAGCUUAGCAGACGAGGACGGCAAGAACGAUGAACCUUAGGAUUCUCUGCUCUCAAAUGUUUGAUUUCACAGAGAUUUGUAGCAGUUGCUAACACUGCUAUGCUAGCAGUUGUUGUCGUCGCAGCUAAACGUGUUGAAAUGUUCGGCAAGUGCUGAUGACAGUUGCUUUAGUUCGGAUCUUCGUGGACAUUUCUUUCGCGGAAGUGCAAAAGAACGUCAGUCUCAUGGGUUCGCCGGCUGGCGAGCAUUACGCUGCUUCUCGUCAGUAUUGGAAGAGGCAGAGCUAUCAGCUGCCUAGCUUCCGUGUCCGAAAUUUCGAGACCCCAAGUUACAUGUUGCAAUAUUGUGCAUUUAUUUAAUAAUGAGAGCACCGUUCAUAUUUAAUGGUGUACGUUUACUUCAAGUGUGUGCCUGUGAGGCUGCUGAAGAAGGUCUAUAUAGGAGACAUCGAAGGCUGCAGUGUGGCAAGCGCUGAACCACUACGCCUACCUGGACGCUGUUUUUCUUGCAGAGAGACUAUAUGCCGAAGGUCGGAGGAGGCCCUGUACCUUUUGGCGACAUGUUACUAUCGCUCGGGGAAGCCUUACAAGGCAUACCGACUGCUGAAGGCUCACAGUUCAUCCACGCCGCAGGUUCGGUUCCUGUUGGCCAAGUGCUGCGUGGAGCUGAGCAAGUUGGCUGAAGCCGAGCAGGUUCUGAUCGGUGGCGUCCUCAACAAACAGAAGAGUCAGGAUGACCUCAUCACAGAGUUCGGGGACUCUGCUUCCUUCACACUGUCGUUGCUGGGUCACAUUUACUGCAAGACUGAUCGUGCUACAAGAGGUGCCGAGUGCUUCCGGAGGAGUUUGAUGCUCAACCCCUUCCUGUGGUCGCCUUUUCAGAACCUUUGUCUCCUAGGUGACAAAGUAGAUGCAGAUCAGGUCUUCAGGUUUUCCUCUUUACAACAUUGCUCAGUAGCCUCACCUCCCCCCUCUGUAAGCCCUGCACAGAACUCCUCACAUCGCAUGGACACAGCCUUCAUGGAGACGCCUCAGCACACAUUGGAGUUAAAUCGUUUGAAUUUAGAAUCAUCAAAUGGGAAGCAGACAUCGGAUUUGUCGCUUUCCUACAUCGACUCCACCCUCAUCUCGCCGGAGACUGGCUCCCUCUUGGGAAAUCCCGUUUCCCUCGCAUCAGCUGGCUCGUUAUUGGCCAAACAGAACAAGCCCAAGAGCGGACGGAGUUUACUGGGAGGACCCAAUUCACUCAGUCCGCUCACACCCAGUUUUGGCAUCUUGCCCCUGGAGCCCAGCCCAGGCGACCCAACAUAUCUGCAGAACUACUCAUCCAGCAUGGAAACACAAUCCACCGCUUCUAGCAAGAAGAGGGCUAUCAGUCACAUGACUGUGUCCAGGAUGAAUCAAUCCAAGACUGUGUUCAGCCAGAGCGGUAAUAGUCGCGAUGUUCUCCCCAUGCCCUUUAACCCUUCUCAGACCUCAGCCCCUCAUACCAGUGGUUCCCCUCAGGUGCUCAGUCCCAGCAUGUCUGCUCCUCCCAACAUCCAGCCCAGAAGGAGCUCACGACUGUUCACCAGCGCCAGCUCCACUGCCAAGGAGAACAGUAAGAAGUUAAAGAUGAAGUUCCCCACGAAGAUUCCCAACAGGAAAACCAAAUGUAAAUCGACAAAGACCUCAAACAACAGCAACCUGAACGAGAGCCUGGAUAUUCUUCGUUUGGAUCCGGUGGGUCUGAGUCUGGCUGACGCCAAGGUGCCGCAGCACCAGCGAGCCGCGGCAGACAAUGUGCUGGCGCUACUUCGGGAACUGGGCCGCGGGUACCAGGCGCUGUGCUCGUACAACUGUCGAGAAGCCAUUGCUAUCCUGACCUCGCUCCCGCCACAGCAUUACAACACAGGCUGGGUCCUGACGCACAUCGGCCGCGCCUACUUCGAGCUGGCCGAGUACACGCAGGCGGAGCGUCUGUUCAGCGAGGUGCGCAGGAUGGAGUCCUACCGAGUGGAAGGCAUGGAAAUCUACUCGACCACCUUGUGGCACCUUCAGAAAGAUGUCGCCCUGUCCGCUUUGUCCAAAGACCUGACAGACAUGGACAAGAACUGUCCCGAGGCGUGGUGUGUUGCAGGAAACUGUUUCAGCCUCCAGAGGGAGCACGACAUCGCUAUUAAAUUCUUUCAGAGAGCCAUCCAGGUGGACCCAGGGUUCGCGUAUGCCUACACGCUGCUGGGUCACGAGUUCGUCAUGACUGAGGAGCUGGAGCGAGCGCUCGCUUGCUUCCGCAACGCCAUCAGAGUUAGCAGCAGACACUACAACGCAUGGUAUGGUCUGGGGAUGAUCUACUUCAAGCAGGAGAAGUUCAACUUGGCAGAAAUCCACUUCCGGAAAGCUCUCAGCAUCAACCCGCAAAGCUCUGUACUGCUGUGCCACGUCGGAGUGGUGCAGCAUGCGCUGAAGAAGUCUGACGCGGCUUUAGAGACAUUAAACAAAGCGAUCGGGAUCGACCCAAAGAAUCCUCUCUGCAAGUUCCACAGGGCAUCCAUCCUCUUUGCCAAUGACAAAUACAAGGCAGCUCUUCAAGAGCUGGAGGAGUUGAAGCAGAUUGUCCCCAAAGAGUCGCUGGUUUAUUUUCUCAUCGGCAAGGUGUACAAGAAACUGGGUCAGACGCAUCUGGCACUCAUGAACUUCAGCUGGGCCAUGGAUCUGGACCCCAAAGGAGCCAACAACCAGAUCAAAGAAGCCAUUGAUAAAAGAUAUUUGCCUGAGGACGAAGCCGUGGCGGAGCCCGACGACAGUCAGGACAGCAGCGUGAUGACCGACGCCGACGACUCACUGCUUCACACGGCCGAAAGCGACGUCCUUUAACUGCCUGCCGUGUUCUCGUGAAUCCCUUCUUGUGUUUGUGAGUGGUUGAAACAGACUGUGCCGCUGUUGAGCUCCGCCUCUUCCUGUUGUCGUUCAGCACAAUCUGACACCACAGGUGCUUUUUAUGUUCUUUUUAUCAUAGUUAUG